AUGGGACAGCUGGUCGCGAGCCCGUUUUCGGUGCCCAGAAGGUUGAUAUCCAUGCUCUUCAUUUCUGCAGUACUCGCCUACACAUUUGUAUUUCUCCAAUCAUGGAACCUCGACAAUGAACUGUCGCGACUGUUUCCUAGCCGGUACGACCGGAAUUCGAGUGAGCUGAGUUUGGAAACGGACAACUAUCUGGACGACCUGAUUCGCCAACACGACCUCUCACCACGAGUCGAGUGGGCGGCAUGGAACAUUGCAUCGACGCAGAACCAAAAGAAAUGGACUUCCCUCACGCGCGUGCCUCGCCGAUUCCAGCCGCGCCGGCCCCGGGUCUUUGACCCGCGCGAUCAGCGCCCCUCGCCGGCACCGAUGGCCUUUGGGACGUUACCACUGCCCUCGCCCCGGGGCUGGCGCCCAGGCCAGUUUGAUGCCACACACUACCUCUUCGGCUUGUCGACGACAUACGAGCGGCUGAUGAAGGACGAUCGCGCCAUGCUCAAGAAUUGGCAGUGGUGGCUGACGAACGGCCAGCAGGCCAGCAGCGGCGCGCACAUGGUGGUCAUGCUGGACCGGGCCGACGACGAACAGAUGCAGAAAGUUGAGAGCACUCUCACGGAGCUGGCCAUCCCCGCCAUGGUGUACAACUCUGGGGAGCCCCUGUCCGCCACGACGCGGUACGCGCAGCUCGCGGGGGAGCUGUACGCAUACGGGUCGGCCCUAUCGGCCGUGGGCGUCGACAAGCGGUGGUUCGUCCUGAUGGACGACGCCAUCUUCUUCCCGAGCCUGUCGUACCUGGACGAGACGCUGGCCGCGUACGACGCGCACGACAGGGUGUACAUUGGCGUGCCCAGCGACCGGUCCGACUGGGAGGCCCGCGACGGCAGGCUGUCUACCACCGGCGGCGGCGUCGUCGUCCUGUCGCGCCGCGGCCUCGGCCGCUACCUCUCGCUCUCGUGCGCCGAAGGGCACGCCGCGGGCGAGCAGCCGCCGUCCCGAAAAGCGGCGCGGCACUGGGCGGCAACGCUCCACGAGUGCCUCACCACGCGCGGCGACCUGCCCAUGCACGUCAUCCCGGGCCUCUACUCGCCCGCAGCCGACGACGACGACGCGUCGUCCCGGUCCGACGAUCUCGAGAGCGGCGCGCGGCCGCUCGCGCUGCGGAACCGCGCGCCGAUGACAGCAGGCGGCGGCCCGGACACGGCCACGGCCUACCUCGUCGCCGACGAGUGCGGCGAGGCGUGCUUUGCGCAGCGCUUCCUGUUCCGCGACGGCUGGGUGCUCGUCAACGGCGUGUCCAUCACCCAGUACCAGAACCCGCUCACGGUCCGCCGCGCCGAGGACGGCCGUCGCCCCGGCGCCGCCGCUCAGCGCACGCUCGACGACGACGGUAGGGUGCGGCUCACCGGCGGCGGCGGCCGCAACGUCUGGACCCUGCUCGACUCGUCGGUCGACGACUACGGCGUCGUGUGGCAGGCCUACGUCAAGAGAGACGUGCGCCACAAGAGGGCUCCGACGGCAGCGGACACGGAGUCGCUGGACUCGGUCAUUAUUCUAGUCUGGCAUCAGAACAAAACGGGAGUGAAGCACUGA